CUUUCCGCCGCGCGCCGCCGCCAUGGCCAAGAUCAAGGCCCGGGACCUGCGCGGGAAGAAGAAGGAGGAGCUGCUGAAGCAGCUGGAGGAUCUCAAGGUGGAGCUGUCGCAGCUGCGCGUGGCCAAAGUGACCGGCGGGGCCGCCUCCAAGCUGUCCAAAAUGUGAGUGGGGCCGGGGCGGCGGGCAGGGCCGCUGAGAGCCGCUCCCCAGGCUGCGGUGGGUGUGUGCUCCGGAAAACGCCUGGAAACCGGCGUGGAAGGGAGCACAUCCCGGUGGGCCCGAGGCCGGUGUGUCUCGGCUCAGAGGCGCUGGCCGGGCGCUGCCGGUGGUCGCUGCGGUGUGGCUCGGUGUAAGGGGAGCACACAGGGCUCUGGAGCCCGGGUGCGAUCAUGGAGCUGCUCCUGCGGGCUGUCCUCUCAUCUCUCUCUGUCCCCAUGCAGCCGUGUGGUGCGCAAAUCCAUUGCCAGAGUCCUGACUGUCAUCAACCAGACCCAGAAGGAGAACUUGAGGAAGUUCUACAAGGGCAAGAAGUACAAGCCCCUGGACCUGCGGCCCAAGAAGACUCGGGCCAUGCGGCGCAGGCUCAACAAGCACGAGGAGAACCUGAAGACCAAGAAGCAGCAGCGAAAGGAACGUUUGUACCCAGCCAGGAAAUUCGCCAUCAAGGCAUAGCCCCGAGCGAGCUGCAGCUCCGGGCUGGGGUCUGGGCACGGCUCAUUAAAGGGAGUUUGGUUUGGAA